ACAAAAUCCACGCCUCCCCAGCUUCGUCGUCACCCGGCUUCAAACGCUUCAAAGGGUUCUCCGUGCCCGCCUCUGUCUAUUCUCGCCUGGCUCUGGUCUCCCGCCGCGCUUAUGCGUGCUGUUUCCAUCUUCACUUCCCAGGACUACAUCUCAGACCACCUGUGGAAGGCUUCAGUAAACUGAAUUGCCGGCCCAACACCCAGUUGUAACGACUCGACAUCUCACGUAAAUCUCCACUCAACAUGCUGUCGCAAUACCUCAAGCCUACCGCGGUCCGGUCCGCCAAUGUCCUGGGACAGGUGACAAAGAACCGAGCAUGUGCUCGCUUCAUGGCCACCGUCCAAACCAACACCCCUCGUCAAACACCAACUCCCCAUCGACGAGCAACUCCAAUCUCUACCGAGAGGGCUACAUUCACCAUCAAGAAUGGACCAAUCUUUUCCGGAAAGUCCUUUGGCGCCAAAGCUAACAUCUCUGGAGAGGCCGUCUUCACAACCUCCCUCGUCGGAUACCCCGAGUCCAUGACCGACCCGUCCUACCGUGGCCAGAUCCUCGUGUUCACCCAACCCUUGAUCGGCAACUAUGGUGUACCUUCCAUGGCCCGAGACGAGCAUGGACUGCUCCGACACUUCGAAUCUCCGCAUAUCCAAGCGUCUGGCAUCGUCGUCCAGGACUAUGCUAUGAGGUAUAGUCACUGGACUGCCGUGGAGAGUCUUGCCCAGUGGUGUGCUCGCGAGGGCGUUCCUGCCAUUUCUGGCGUGGACACUCGUGAGGUUGUGACAUACCUCCGUGAGCAAGGUUCUUCUCUGGCUCGUCUCACCAUUGGAGAGGAGUAUGAUGCCGACGAGGACGAGGCCUAUGUCGACCCCGAGGCGAUCAACCUUGUCCGCAGGGUCAGCACCAAGGCUCCAUUCCACGUGAGCUCCGCUCUGGGCGACAUGCACAUCGCUCUCAUCGACUGCGGUGUGAAGGAGAACAUCCUGCGAAGCCUCGUCUCCCGAGGCGCUAGCGUCACUGCCUUCCCCUUCGACUACCCCAUCCACAAGGUUGCCCAUCAUUUCGAUGGCGUGUUCAUCUCCAACGGACCUGGUGACCCGACGCACUGCACUUCGACCGUCUACAACCUGCGCAAGCUGUUUGAGAGCUCUCAGAUCCCCAUUAUGGGCAUCUGCAUGGGCCACCAGCUCAUUGCUCUUGCUGCCGGCGCCAAGACCCUGAAGCUGAAGUACGGAAACCGUGCUCACAACAUCCCCGCUCUGGACCUCACUACCGGCAAAUGCCAUAUCACCUCGCAGAACCACGGAUACGCCGUCGACCCUACGUCUCUCACCACCGAAUGGAGGGAGUACUUCACUAACCUGAACGACCAGUCCAACGAGGGUCUCAUCCACAACUCCCGCCCCAUUUUCAGCGCUCAGUUCCAUCCCGAAGCCAAGGGCGGUCCUCUCGACUCCGCUUAUCUGUUUGACAAGUACAUCGAGAGCGUCAAGAAGUAUAAGGACCAUCAGGCUAUGUUCUCUGACAGGAACAACAAGCCGAGCCCGCUUCUUGUGGAUCUUCUCAGCAAGGAGCGUGUUGGUGUGCACCCUGCGCAGCCGGACUAUGAGGGUCCGCCUGUUGCUGGCAAGAUUGAGCCGGCCGUUGUGAUGGAUACACAGGGCACGCCACCUCCUCAGCCGAUUGCUGCUGCGGCGUAAGCCCAGUUGGAAAUACUGGGGUGAUAAAGCUAAUUUGCAUGGUAGCGAUGGGAAUUCGGUAGUUUUAGGAGUUCAUUUUAUUCUGAUAUUGCGGCUUUAGUAACAAUUUUUGCUUGACGGCAAAUUGGUAGGAGGCGGAUCGCUUUUGUCGCUUUCACGGACGAGCUUUCCAUAAUCGAAAUAACAGUGAUUUCUCACAUGAUA